CCGCCGGCGGCCGCCGUGGCGGGCGGGCCCGGCCCAGCCGGAAGCAGACGUGUGUUUCGGGAGGAACGGGAAGCGAUGGCGGCGGCCGAGGCCGAGUGGGAGCCGGCGGGGUUGCUGCCCGCGCCGGGGGGCGGCCUGGACUGGGAGGCUGUGCUGGGCGAGGAGCUGAGCGAGCUGCUGGGCGCCGCGGCCCCGAAGGACGAGCCCGACGAAAAUGAUCUCUAUAACUUUCAUUUUGAUUUGGAUUUGAUGUCUUGGGACUCAGACCUUUGGAAUAUUACAGGCCAUGCUUAUGCAGAUGCAAAUGUGAAGACAGAACCUUUAUCACCAGCCACUUCCAGCUGUUCGGUCCCUUCACCACCGUCUGUGGACUCUCCGGUGCAGAAUGUGCCUGAUGAUGUGGACUUCAGCUGUAGCUCCCAGAUGUCUCCCAUCUCUCUCUACAGCAAGAGCUGCAGAAGCCCUGCAUCCCCUGAAGGAGAUGGAGGGAAGAAGCCUGCUGUGAGCAUCUCUUCUCGGUCUGCAAAUAAUUCUGUGAGGAGCCUGAAGAAGUGUGGUCAGACAGUGUCCAGGCCUUUGAUACAACCCAAACCCCUUUUGCCUGCUGUGCCUGAAGCUCAGGCUAACAUUGGAAUCCCAGCUAAAACCAUCAUUAUUCAGACUCUUCCCACGCUUGUGCCACUGCCAAAGAAUCAGCCAGUUGUUAACAUCCAGCCAGCACCUCCUAAAGGUCCAUCUGUGGUGCUGCCCCAGCCUGCUGUGGUACAACUCCAGGCUUCUGGGGUGCUUCCUGCUUCCCAACCAGUCAUUGCAGUCACUGGAGGGGCCCCAGCACUUCAGAACCACACGGUGAAGGCGCUGUCUCCAGCUGCUGGGAACAGCUCCAGCAGCGGCAAAAUCCCGGUGGCAAAGCCCUUGCUCCAAAGCAGCUCCCCAGCCAUGGGGCUGGAUGUCAAUGUCUUGAGGCGGCAGCAGCGCAUGAUUAAAAACCGUGAGUCAGCCUUUCAGUCACGCAAGAAAAAGAAGGAAUACAUGUUGGGACUGGAGGCCAGGCUGGAGGCAGCCCUGCUGGAGAAUGAGAAACUCAAGAAAGAAAACAGCACGCUGAAGAGGCAGCUGGAUGAAGUGGUAUUAGAGAACCAGAAGCUCAAAGUAUCAUCUCCGAAGAGAAGGACACUGUGUGUGAUGGUGAUAUUGGUCUUUAUAAUGUUGAAUUAUGGUCCAUUGAGUGUAUUUGAAAAGGAUCCCAAUGGAGUCGAUUCCACUGUGAGUUCUAACCACCGAACCAGAAAUCUUCUGGAGUUCUCAGCUCACCAGGAGUCCAGCACAGCUCAGAAGAUACCUGAGGGCAUUUUUUCUGAGAAGAGUAACAAGUAUGACCAUUCUGUAUCUGAUAACAAAGCACUAAUGAUAGUCUCAGAAGAACCACUGUUAUAUAUUUCACCACCACCACCCCCCUGCCGGCCUCUGAUCAACAGGACAGAGUCGCUGAGGCUGACCCACGAGCUGAGAGGAUGGGUGCACAGGCACGAGGUGGAGCGCACGCGGUCCCGGCGGCUGAGCAACAGCCAGCAGCAGCGAGCACGAGUCCCGCAGAGCUCCCUCAGUGACAAAGCAGAUUCCCAGCUAAUGGCCAUGCCUUACACAGACACCAGUCUCAGGAACUCAGGGAAUGAGCUGCAAGUGUAUUAUGCCUCUCCAAGGAGCUACCAAGACUUCUUUGAAGCAAUUCACCGAAGGGAAGAUACGUUCUAUGUGGUGUCAUUCCGCAGAGUAAGUGCAGCAGGGGCUGGUACUGGCCUUUUAUGCUGGUACCUAAGACUGUUUCUAGCAGAGAUGCCAAAGAUGAUUUAGUCAAGAUUGAAGGGCAAACCUGAUCUAGCAGCAAGCUCUGUCCCGAGGCACUUUUCAAUGACUUGCUUAGAUUCUUUUGUGAGUGCAGAAGAAAGGACUCCUGCACAGCCAGAGGGGUGCCAUCAGCAGGGCCCCAGCCUAGGAGGUGCCCUUUCACCUCCUCCUGGGGCUUGCUGACUUCAUUUUCUCUGGACUACAGCUCCCUUUUCCCUACUGACUAGGAGCUGUGAGGGGACUGAUUCCUCCCCAGUGCUGUCCCACACUUCACUUGUGUUGCGUGCACUUGUCCGAGUGAGGAGCCAAGGCCUAGAGAUGAAAUGUUUUGUUCUCCUCUCUCACUGUUUCCCGUGCAGACACUCCCACAUACUUAAUAUGCUGUUACAGCCCUGUAACAUAAAAAACAGAGCAAGAAUCAUGUAGUUAAAAUGUUGCAGGGAAUGGGUACUUCUGGUUGUAAUGCUCCAAGUAGAAAGUAGGACUGUGGAUCUCAGGAGUUCCCUUCCACCUGAUGUCCCUGGAUGCUCUGUCCCCAAUUCCUGCUCUGCAGCCUCAUAAACCCCAGCAUUUCUCCUGGAUGCAUGUGAUAAAAUGGAACAUUUUUUGUGUGUUCUCACUUGCACUGCAGGAGCUGUGCCCCCGAGUUCCUUGAAUUUUCUAGAAAAUGGGAUUUGCUAGAGCUGCCCCUACAUGGUAGGACUCAGCCAAGACUUCUGGAAGUGCAGAGAUGGAAAGCAAAGCUCUUGCACACUGCAUGUUCUUCUGGGGAUGCUUGCUACCUGUAAGACUGAGAUUCCCAUGAUCUAAUAAAUUUUAUUUUCUCUCCUUGUCUUGGAAGGCUUGCAGGUCCGCAUAUUUACAGUUGAAGUUUACAUAUUUUUUUUUUUCCUUUUUAAGGAGGAGAGAGGAAAAUAAAGUAGCAUUUGGAUCAGCUGAGUCCAUAGAAGAAGCAGGGCUUUUGCUCUGCGUCUAAAGAAAUUAAUUUGUUGCUAUUAUCAGGGGAAUCUGUAAUGUCAUUUCAAACAAGAAGAGUCUGCUGCUCUGCCCACCCCCUUGAUUUCUGCUCUGUAAUGUCUGUGAUACAGGUCUGCUUGAUGUGUCCUAAAAGCCCAGUGGAGUGUGGGUACAAAACCCCAGCUGGUGGAUCUGAGGUGCUCUGUCAGCAGUGAAGAGACACCUGGCUGCCUCUGUGUGAGCCUGGCACCCCCACAGCUCUCUAUCAAAGCUCACAUCUGGUUUGCCACAGAGUGCUCAGGCCUUGCAGUUGUUUCUAGAAUUACCUGAAUAGCUAGUUAAUUUGAAAAGUAAUUUAGUAAAUCAUUGGAGAAAACAAAUCCCAUCCAAUUUACUUUGGCCUCUAAAUGCUGCUUCAGAUCAUUCCACCCUUGUGUGGUUAGGAUCACAGUCCUCACAACUUGGAGUGAUUAAGCAGUAAAUUUCUCCAUCCUGGAAGGUUCACUCAGUGAUGACAUCUCUGCAGGCUUAUUUAAGGACAGUGACAUUUUUUAGGGUAAGAAUGUAAUUACUGUUCUUAAGGAAAACACAGUUUAAAGUUUAAUUCACUUGGGAAAUUCAGAGGACUUCUGGCAUUUCCUCUCACUACUUUCUCUAUUUCAAAGCCGAAAUGUCUCCUAAUAUCAAAGUUUGCCACUUGCAUUUAUUGCAGUGCAUAUAGAGUAUCUUACAGUAGAAUGCAGUAAAAAGUAGAUAUUAAAUGGUUUAUGUUUCUUAGAGCAAGAGUGAUGCUGGCCCUAUGGGCAUCAAUGGCAAAGCCUUUACCAACUUCUGUAAGAGCAGGAAUUUGCUUUAUAAAUUUCUGCUAUAAACCAUAGAGCUUCAGGGAAACCUUGUAUUAUGAAAGUACAUUUCCGGUCCCAUAAGCAAACAUCUGCAGUAAGCAUUUAACAGCUUUUCAAGUUCUGCAAACAAAUUUUUGGUGAAAUUAUUUAAGCCAAAUUUCAAUCAGAACUUUUGUUCUUUCCUUGUUUGCUAGGAAUAAAAAUGUCUAGGUUGUGAUGUGCUUCUGCUGGUAAUAAGCCUGUGCUGUGCUAAUUGUAUUUGAGAUUAUAUAAUUGUAUUUGGGAUGAUCUGUUACUUUCAGGAAGCAAAAUAUUAUAAAGCCUGGCUUUGGCAUGCUUGUGCAGCAGCAGUUUGCUGUUCUGCACACACUGCUGGCAACAAUAAUUUGAAUGUAUCAGAGAGCAUGAGGCAGGUUCCAAUUCACUGUACUCCUGAUGCCAUCGACAUCCUGCAGGGAAAACUGCUUUAGAAGAAGUUGGCUUCAGAUGGUGUUUCACAGCCAGAACUUCAGUCCUAGCAUAUAUUUUCCUCCUACUUUGUUGCACUUGACAGUGGGUGGUUUUUACUGAGCAGGGAGUUUUCUGCUGUUGACUUUUUUUGCAGAUUUCUGCAGACUGGGAUGUGUAAUUUGGUGUUUCAUUCACAUGAAUUGAUUAGACCCACAUAGUCCUGCUGCCACAAAGAUAGAGCAGCCAUUCUGUAUGUUUGAGUUCUGUGGAUUUGCAACUGCUGUCAGUUAACAUGCAGAUUUUUGAAAGAUUUUACAAACUGCCCUUUUUCCUGUGGAGCCUUUGUAGCUGUUCAGAGGAAAAAGGUUACUUUAUCCCAGAACUGAAGGAUUUUUAGAUCUUGUCCUAUAUUUUAUAAAUAUGCUGAGAAUAAUAUAUGGUAAAAGAACUGAGGCUUAGGGCAUAGUAUCCAUGAUAAAAUUGUCUGUUCUUUUCAAAGCAGAGGUCAUCCUUUAGCUUGUCUUCUCUGUGAAGCUGAUUCUUGCCUCUCCUCUGGGAGAAUUUGAGGAAGCAAACAGUAUGUGUGAUUGUGCUUCAGUAUGCCCUGAAAUUCAGUGAGACAGCCUCUGUCAAA